AUGGUUUGGGACUUUUAUUACCUGACGUUAGAGCAAAAGAUUGCUGUAAAUGAAAGCGUUUUGCAACUAGUGCGACCAUUACAAGCUUGCGCUAAACUUCAUCAAUCCAUUAAAAACAAAACUCUUUUGAUAACAGGUGUUGUAACCCUCAGCAAUAAAAAUAACAUACAUGCUGAAUAUAAUAUUACACAGCAUUUUCCUUUGAUAAAAGAUUUGGAAAACAUUGCAGGAUCAAGCUAUAUUGGUACUUCAAAACUGAAUUGUGCAUUUUGCCGUUUUUACCUUGAAGAGAGUUAUUACAAUCAUAGAGGAACUCAUGGAAUCGGCAAAGUUGUAACGCAUGUUCAGGUUAUUGAGUUUCAAAAGCGUGGUUUGUCGCAUGCCCACAUUUUACUUCAUUUAGCAAAUGAUGAUAAACUUGAAACAUCACAGGGUAUCGAUAAUUUGAUUUGUGCAGAAAUUCCAGAUCCGAUAGUUAAUUGUGAACUUUAUGAUAUUAUCAAAACUUGCAUGAUUCACGGCCCAUGUGGGAUACUGAAUCCAAAUUCUCCCAGCAUGAAAGAUGGGGUGUGCAGCAAAAAAUAUACUAAAGAUUUUAAUGCCAACACAGUAGCUGUUCACAAUGGUUAUCCGCGCUAUAGGCGUCGUGAUAAUGGGUUGGUUAUCAAUAUUAAAGGCAAUAAUGUAGAUAACCGUUGGGUGGUUAAUCACGAUGAAAUAAACACUUUCUUAGAUUGUCGUUAUGUUAGUGCACCUGAGGCGCUGUGGCGAAUAUUUGAGUAUCCCAUAAGUCAUAUGUCACACUCUAUUUUCCGUCUUAAGGUUCAUCUUCCUGAGAAUCAGAUUGUGUAUUUUAGAGAAGAAGAAGAACAAGUGGCGUUAGAUCGUGCUGCUCAACGUGAUACACACCUUACGGCCUGGUUUAAAUUGAAUUCUGAAAAUGAAGGAGCCAAUCGCUAUUCAUAUAUUGAUAUUCCAUAUCACUUUGUAUUUGAUGAUAAACAUUGUAAAUGGAAGGUUAGACAAAGAGGUGGAAAUAAGGUGAUAGUAAGAAUGUAUAAAGUUAGUCCAACAGGAGAAUUAUUUUUUCUUAGAUUGUUACUUUUACAAGCAAAAGGAGCAAAAUCUUGGGAGGAUUUGCGUACUGUUAAUGGAAUAGUUCUUGAAACCUUUCGUGAAGCGUGUGUUUUUAAUGGUUUGUUGCAAGAUGACACUGAAUGGCAGAAUACUCUUUCUGAGAUUAUUAAUCAAAGUGGUAAAACGCUAUCUGAUUAUAAUUUGCCUGAUGUUGAUGAAUUCAUAGAUUUUAAUCUAGAAAAUUUAAAUGAUAAUGUUCAGCAAUCAAUUGACGAAGCUAAUCGAAUGAGACCGCUUCUUAAUGUCAAUCAAUUAAAUGUAAGUAAUGCUGUCCUUGCUGCAUUGAACGAGCAACCAUGUGUAGAAAAUCAACAUUCCAGAUUGUUUUUUAUGGAUGGACCAGCCGGUAGUGGCAAAACUUUUACAUAUAAUUAUUUGAUUGCUGAAAUGAGCAGUAGGGGUGUUAAAUCUGCUACAGCUGCAUGGACUGGCAUAGCAGCAACUCUUCUUACAAAUGGAUCUACGCUGCACGGGUUAUUUAAACUUCCUGUCCCAAUACUGGAUAACAGCACAUGUAAUGUGACUCCUAACUCUAUUCAGGGACAAUUUUUUAGGCAAGUUAGUUUGUUUAUGCUUGACGAGACAAUUAUGAUUCCCAAACACGCUUUAAAUGCAAUCGAUCGGUUGUUAAAAGAUGUUUGCAACAACAACUUUCCAUUUGGAGGAAAAGUCAUUCUUUUUGGUGGUGACUUUAGGCAAAUUUUGCCUGUUGUGAAAAGAGGGAGACCAGCUGAAGUUGUAGAAUCAUGUAUAAAAUGUUCUUUACAGUGGCAAUGGGUGCAGAAGUUUACAUUAACUGAAAAUAUGAGAGUACGUGAUGGAGAAGGAGAUUUUUCCGAAUGGCUGUUAAAACUUGGUUGUGGAACAAUACCUGGCAAGGAGGAAGAUCCUUUUAAGGGAUGUAUUGAAAUACCGCAACAGUGCAUUAUUAGAGAAAACGAAUCAAUUGUUGAAAAAAUAUUUGGAGAUGCUCAACAAGAUGAUUAUGCCAAACGUGUCAUUUUAACACCCACCAAUGUGGAUUCAUUGUCAAUGAAUGAAGAAGUGCUUGAACGUCUACAUGGAGAGGUCAAAACUUAUUUAAGUGCUGAUCAAAUAGACACUGACGAUCUUCAUGAAAGAAAUAAUUUCCCUGUUGAGUUUUUGAACAGCCUAACUCCUUCAGGUAUGCCUACUCAUUGUUUAAAAUUGAAAAUUGGUUGUGUAAUUAUGCUACUUAGAAAUUUAGAUCUUAAAGCUGGGCUAUGUAAUGGAACCCGAAUGAAAGUUUGUGCUCUCCAAAACAAUUAUAUUGAUGCAGAGGUUUUGACAGGUGUUUCUGAAGGUAAACGGGUAUUUGUUCCUCGAAUUCAGUUGGCGUCAUCAGAUUCUAAUUUACCUUUUGUUCUAAAACGUCGUCAGUUUCCUGUCAGAUUAGCUUAUUCGAUGACAAUCAAUAAAAGUCAAGGUCAAACAUUUGAUAGAGUUGGGGUAUGGUAG